AUGAAACACCUUCUUCUUGUUUCUGUGUUUGUGUUUGAAACUUUUCUGCAUGCUUUGACUCAACGCACUGCUCCAACCUCAGAGUUUCACCUGGAUGGGGAUUUUUUGAUAGGUGGACUCUUUGAUAUUCAUUAUGCCAGCGGCCCUGAUCGCCAUGUCCGACCAGAAGUCCUCGAGUGCUCAAGCCAACAUUUCAGUAUCUCCAAUUAUCGCCGGUUUCAGUUGAUGAGAUUCACUGUAGAGGAAAUCAACAACUCCACCAGCCUGCUUCCAAAUGUAACUCUGGGCUAUGAAAUGUUUGAUCACUGCUCAGACAUGCGUAGUUUUCCCGGAAUUUUUAAACUCAUCUCAGUCAAUGGUCAGAUCCAGCCUUGGGCUGAGCCGACCACAAGACUAUCCAAAGUCAUAGCAGUGGUUGGUCCUUCCACAAGCACUCAGGCCUUGACUGUAGCCCCGUUUUUUAUGGUUGAUCUCAUUCCUAUGGUUAAUUAUGGAUCAUCUACUUCUAUUUUUUCAAAGAAAGCUCAAUUCCCAUCAUUCCUACGAACAGUGCAUCCCAACAGUGCUGUUAUAGAGGUGAUUGUUACAAUUUUGAAGCACUUUGAAUGGCACUGGAUUGCUUUCCUUUACACUGCUGAUGAUCAUGGCAAUGAUGGCUUAGACUUAUUCAUAAAUCGGAUCAGGGACACUGAGAUCUGCAUUGCAUACACCAAAGACCUCAACACCGACUUCAAUUUUUCUAGGAUGUUCCAACAGAUUGAACUACAUCACAUACAUGUAAUCAUUGUUUUUGCUGCCGAAUUGGCUGCUGAAGCUCUCAUUGAGUCAGCUGUCCGCUUCAACAUCACCAACAAAGUUUGGAUAGCAAAUGAUGCAUGGUCUUUGAACAAACGACUGCCUAAGAUGAAAGAAAUCAGAAAUAUUGGAACUGUACUUGGUGUGGCUCAGUCGGUAGUAAAAGUUCCUGGUUUUGGUGAUUUCAUCCAUUCUGCUGAGGGCCAGUGUGGCUACAAUGGACAGCAGAUGUUUUGCAAUCAGAUUUCCAACUGCAGUGACUGGAGUGCAAACGAUAUCCUCGAGGCCGACCCGUCCUUCUCUUUCCCUGUUUAUUCUGCUGUUUAUGCAAUUGCUCAUGCCUUGCACAGGACCCUGCAGUGUGGAGAAGGGGGAUGUAAUAAUAUUACAGCUUAUCCAAAGAUGGUUCUAACAGAGCUCCAGAAGUCCAAUUUUACUCUGUUAAACCGGACUAUUCAGUUUGAUAAAAAUGGUGACCUCAAGUUUGGACUGUACUUUCUUGUUUUCUGGAACCAUGCUGGUGAUGCACAGAGGAUUGGAUUUUAUCAGUUUAACCCAACAGUCCAUUUCUACAUCAACAGCACCGAAAUCCUCUGGUACACAAAUGGAGAAGUUCCCACUUCUGUUUGUUCCCCAGAAUGUCCUGAAGGAUAUGCAAGAAAGCAAAAUGACCUCCACAUAUGCUGCUUUACAUGUGAAAUCUGUCCAAAUGAAACAUACAUCAAUGUUACAGAGGAUCCCUACAACUGCAUCAGCUGUAAGGAGACAGGGUGGUCCAAAGAAGGAAGUACAUCGUGUAACCUGCGGCUGGUGGAAUACAUACCAUUCACAGACAGGGGGGCUGUACUGAUCAUGCUUGGAGCCUGCACCUUAGUAGGACUCAGCGGAGCUAUACUUGUUCUCUUUGCCAUAAACUACAACACGCCUGUUGUCAGAUCUGCUGGAGGGCCAAUGUGCUUCCUGAGUUUAGGCUGCCUCAUUCUUUGUAGUGUUAGCGUGUUCUUUUACUUUGGUAAGCCCACAAAUGCUUCGUGCAUCUUAAGGUACUUUCCUUUUCUGUUGUUCUUCACAGUUUGUCUGGCAUGUUUUGUUGUGCGCUCUUUUCAGAUUGUUUGCAUUUUUAAAAUAGCUGCCAAGUUCCCCAAACUCCAAAGCUGGUGGACAAAAUAUCAUGGCCAAUGGCUGCUCAUCACUGGAGCAUUCACAGCUCAAGCCCUGCUACUUAUUAUUAGUUUUUCCUAUGAUCCUCCGGGACCGUACAAUGAAACAACAUGGCACCAAAACAAAAUUGUCCUUUUCUGUUCUUUGAAUUUAGAAGCAAAUUCUUGUACUUUCCUUUUACUUGUACUAUUGGGCUGCCUUUGCUUUAUUUUCUCCUACAUGGGAAAAGACCUUCCAAAGAAUUACAAUGAAGCCAAAGCCAUAACCUUCUGCCUACUGCUGCUGAUUCUCACCUGGACCUUGUUCGUCACCAUCUACAUGCUUUACCAUGGAAGAUUUAUCCAAUCUCUAAACGCUCUUGCAGUGCUCUGCAGCCUAUACUCUUUUUUACUAUGGUAUUUUCUGCCAAAAUGUUACAUCAUCAUUUUUCAGUCUCACAAAAACACACCGCAAUACUUCCAGGGUCUCAUUCAGAACUACACCAAAACAAUCAGCAAGUAG